AUGGACCAUUUCGAAAUCCUGCCGCCCAAUUACGGCGGUACGACGGAUGUUGCCGGCCCGGCAAUGGCAAUGGGCUCGAUCGCUGUUUUGGGAAUCGUUCUCCUCUGGACGACCUUGGGUGGCACCAGGUUGCCCGUGGAACUCCCCACGGUUCCACAAUUCUGGCCACCGCCGUCGCCGUCUCGUCACCCCUCCCCCCACACGCUUCUCUGGGGCAUCAACGUCUCGGCCGACACCUGCCCUCUGCCAACGUUCGGUGACCUCGUCGAGAAGGUCGAGUACCGCUCCCUCCCUGCCGUCUCCACCCCCACCUCUACCGCCGACCUCCCCUACGACACUGCCUCUACCUUUGCAUUCCUCGUCCCAGCCCUCUCCAUUCUCGCCUGGUCUCUCCUACUCCUCGGCCUCUGUGCCUGGCACUUCGAUGCUUUUGGCGACGGCAAAGACGACGAUGACGACGACAACGACAACGACAACGAAACUUCGACUCAUGACCUCCUCGAGCGCGCAUGGGCGGGCCUAGAGCGCCUAGACUUCGAGAUGAGCAUCCGGGUGGGCGUCGAGAAUACACUUCGCCAGCAGAUCCAACAGAUACAGGAUGACGAGAAAGCGCGCCGAAUAGCCGCAGUGGCCGCCCUCCCCCCGUUCUUGACGACGAACCAGGCCGCUUCCAACGCCUACUGCUCUCGCAUCGCAACUCUCGCCGACGACGAUCUCGAAGGCCGGUACCUAGCGCGCUUUGCCGCCCAGGAGCAAGUCAUUCAGCACCUCAGCCGGCAUUGCUUCGGGCCUGCUCCUCCUCCUAACCCUUAUUUUUCCGGCAGGUAUUGA